ACAUACCAGUAUUUAUAGUGGCACACAACAAGUCCCCAAAAGCUGCAACGUUUUUUAGGAAUAUAGACACUGCAAUGUUGUACAAUGUUGUGAUUGCUUGAGAAUAUAGGCUAGGCUUUAAUCAUGUAAAUUCUUUGACCUGCCACAAACUCGAUUUAGUGGAACAUUAAAGACCCUACUAACACGAAACCCGAGUAUGAUGCGAAACAUACGUUUUUAUAAAGGAAGCCUACAUAUAAUUUAUCAGAUCCAACCAAACAUAAGUCAUACAAUAAAUGCAUGUCACAUGAAUAACAACUGCUGUAAUGAUCAAAAAUCAUUUAAAUUACGUUCUGUUUGUAUUUAUUUAUUCGUUUAUCUAUAGAUGGAAUAUAGGCCUAGUAAAUCCUUUAAAUUCUUCACUGCUUAGUUGAGGAAAAAGUUAGCAGAUAUUUUGAUUAUGGAAGCAGACAGAACUGUUUUAGCUGCACUGAGGCACAGAAAUAACUUCCUCACCUCAGAAGCCACAUCCUGUCUCCACUUCCCCUGAGACCUGCCAUGUAACCAUGGAGAUAAUACCAAAACCCACGGGUCGGUACUGAGAAUAAUUAAAAACAUAAACAAAACAUUUCAUGUGGGUAAUUGCCAUUGGAUAUUUAAAAUAAAAAAGCCAUUGUUUGAGGGUCUUUAUGCAAUUUGCAUGUUAUGGUUCGGUGCUCUGUUAAUCAGUCAACAGUGUAUUUUGUUGAGCUUUUCUUUCAGUUUUUUCUAUGUGAUGGCAGUUGAGAUGCUUUGUCUGAGGUCAGCUGAGGCCAUUUGGGACCUCUGAGACUUCUGAAAUCUCUCAUAAUCUUGAUUCUCUAUUGCUUUUAAUAAGGAAUGAGAGAUGUAUCUCUUUACUAGUGGCUUUAAUUAUUGAAGAUAGGGAAGACUGGGGAGUAUUAACUUGGGGUGACUAUCAUUGGAGGGUGGUCUUUGUACUUGACUCUAAUUUACCCAAUUUAAUAGAUUUUUAAACAGCUUUAAUUUCUAACAGAUGCAUUUUACAAUAUUGUAGGACCUGAGACCAAAGUUUGAGACUCGUAGCGCAAAAAAACACUCAAAAUGUGUUAAAACACUCCCUGGUUUCCCCCUGUUUAGAAAGGUAAGCAUGUAAAUGUGAUAAUAAUGCAAUUACUACAACCAAUAUUGUAAUAUAUGCCUACAUGUGGUUGGAUUCUUGUGGUCUACUAUGAACCUUUCAGGGAUCUCGGUUAGUACAAGUGUCAGCAAAGAGAGGGAAAGAAGGAUGAUGUAUUUAUACUCUAACAAUAGAAUGACCUCAGAUUCACUAAUAAAUCGUUCUUUUAAAUAAUGUGUUGUUAAUGAUUCACACAAAUCAAUUCACUAAUCAAACUGGAGCUCCUGAGAAACUCUAGCAUCCAGUUAAGGCAAGUUACAGUUGGUUACUUGUGAGUAAAACUUGUAUACGUAAAAGAGAAAAGUCUGAAAUCUCCAAAACUGCUGAUUAAAAUUGUUCAAAUAACAUAUUUUGAAUCAUCAGUAAAUUCUGACAAGAGUAUAUUGUGCUUCUUUAGCUUAAAUGCAGCGACAACCAAAAAUAUAUAUGUCAAGCUUUUUUUAUUGUAUUUACUAAACAGACAGACAAUGUCUCUAUCAAAUAGCGAUUGACGAUUGGCACUUUUAACUGUGUGGCAGAUCUUCCAUUCCAGUUCCUUGCCCUUGCCAGAGACCCCUGUUGCCUAGCCCUUGCCUGAGUCCUCUGGUCUAUGGACACCAGUGGGUCUCCAGAUCUACCAUUGCCUUUUUGGUCACUAGCUCGCCCGCUGAUGCCCCUGUGGUCUCCAGCUUGCCCGUCCCUUGGUCGUCUGCAGAAUCUCCCGUGAUCUCCUGGCCAUCCACCGGAUCUCUCGUGGUCUCCUCAUCACCCGCCAGCACCCCCUUGAUCUCCUAGUUGCCCAGAGGCACCUCCAGGUGGUCUCCCACACUACUGGUCUUAGAGCCUGCUCCUUGUCUGCCCUCACCCUCUUUAAAUUUGUUUUUGUUGUUGUUGUUAUUUGUCUUUUCCUUGUUCGGGCAUCUGUAGCCGCCCAUUGAAAGAGGGUAACAUCUGGGACUUCCCUUGUGGCCAGUAAGGGGCACUAUGUUGGGCUUUUAUUUUGAAGUUUUUGUUUUGUCUCCCCAGUUCCUUUCCUGAUUGUUUCCAGCUGUCUCCUUUCCUAUUAGUCUGUGUGUGUGUGUGUGUGUGUGUGUGUGUGUGUGUGUGUGCAGUAUACAGUAUACCCCAGUGUUCAUGUUCCUUUGUUAAGCUUUGGCUGUCUGUAAUAUGCUUAUUUCAUGUUGAGUUAUUUGUUGAUUUGAUUGUUUCUUUAGUGGUUAUCAUACACAUUUGCAACAGGAUGUUAUAAACUACAGGAUUUUAAACAAAAUAUUGCAAAUAAAAUACUGCACUUCUGUAACUGUGAAUGCAUUGCAGAAUACAAACAGAAUGAUGAUGUGGCAUUUAACACAUACUGAUUUGUCAGUUUGGGUUCAGAGAACAAGUCAAUAUACAAGAAACGUGUCAUUUUAAGACCUUCGGCAAAUGUUUUUCCCGAAAUAUGUAAAUUCUAAGAAACUAGAAAAUGGGUUUUGGCAGUUUUCCUGAGCUAGGAAAGCACUUGGUUAAUACUACAAGGAAUUUGGUUGUUUUGUUUGCUGUCAAAAAUUCUUAUCUUAUAUGUGUUUUUUGUCCACAUAAAUUAACGAUGUAACAAAGAGCAUUAGCAGCAUCAGAAAUGUCUCAUGCAGCCAGCACCGUGUCACUGAUUCUCAAUUAAAAUGCCACUUAUCAAAUCAGAUUUUUGGAGGGCUGGGACUAACUUGUAUAAUUAAAGCUGAAAUGUAAUUUCAGUGCCAAUAGUGUCACCAAAUGGAAUUGCAAAAAUAAUCACUGUUUCCAAACACAUUCUAGAAAACUCCCCGUCUUCCAUUGGUUGUACUAACAAAUAGUCCCACCCCAAACUCAAACUUGCUGUGUCAGCUGAACGGGCUGUUCAAACAGAGGAAUGUUCUUACAGCGCCACAUUGUUACACUUUUAGGUCAAAUGAACAUGCAAAAUAUCAAAAUGACUUUGAACUCAAAAAUGGGAAAAAUGUUCAUCAUAGUAAAGGUGUAUUCAUGUAAUUGUUUCAUGUGACUGGCAUUUUUAAUGUAUUUUGAAUAACUUAAUAGAUCCAGACAACAAACAGCAUCGUGUAAUUGACUUACUUGAAGACUGGAGCCCUGUAAGGUUGUAAGCCUGUCAGCACAUGAUGUUAUCACUGUAUGAGUGAGCUAAUGUCGCAAUUCCUGUAGCUUAGGGCUUGUAAUGAUGUUGUGGUAAGACCUUUUACUGUAAACAUGAAAUGCUCUCAUGUGCAUGUGUGCUCUGUGAUGGGAUUUCUAAUCUGUGAACUAUCUGGAGGACAUACUGCUGCACUAUUGGUAUCAGUUCCACAGAAUAUAACAGAUGAGUUGCAGUGACAGCUCAUUGGUGUGAGAAGUAGUUGAGGAGUCCGUUAAGACAAACCAAAGAUAUAUACAGGAUAAUAAUAAUAAUAAUAAUAAUAAUAAUAAUAAUGUAAUUAUUCUAAAUAGAACAUACAGAAAUGUAAUAGAAAUAUAGUCAGAAAAAUGCAAUGUGAACAAGGGGAAAAAAGAAAAAAAAGAAAUAUAUUUUUUUCUGGCCAAAAAUAAAACAAAUCUGUGCACAGUUUACAGUCAUAAUGUGUUUUGCGCUGUGCAAAAUCUUCAUUAAACUGAACCAAGAAUACAAUUUUAAGCUUCAUGGAGUCUGUCUUUUGGGGCAUUAUACCAUUGACCUCAAUGGCCAGCAUAUCUGCUGUUGAAUAUGAAUCACUCAUCUCAGAAUGAGUUGCUGUUCAAAGUACUAGUCUUUUUUUAGUCACCUUUUUACUCAGAAUGAGAGACAAGACUGUUUUCAUCUGAGUUUGUGCACAUGUGAUUGUUUCAAAGAGAGACAGAGAAAAAGAGAGAAUUUGUUUUGGAACAAGUUAAAAGUAAAAAACGACAGAAAAUGUCUGAUGGAAAGUUUGGGGUAGAGGAAAAAGAGAGAUAUUGACAGACAGAGAGAUGCUAUAGAUAUCAGGGGGUCCUAUAAGACAAGAAUUAAGUCAUCAAAAACACUGGUUUAAGAAUGACUCAUUUGACAUUUAUGAUAAACUGAUUGAAAACUGAAGUCUUGUCCCCUCACCUUCAAAGUCUCAGAGGGGCCCGACUCACUCACAUCUCUUGCCUCUUUCUCGCUGCCUUCCAUCUUAUACACAGACUUACGGUAAGACUUUGCUUGUCUCGGUACACACUUGAAAGUUGUGUAGUUUAACAGGUUUGGGAAAAUUAUGCCAGCAUGUUGAAAUGAACAGUCUAUGUGAUGCUGCCAGGCAGUACUGACUUUUGAGAUGUUAUGUUAAUGUUGCAAAUGUUUAUAUAGAUGCUAAUUAAAAGUUAUAGGGAAUAUAAAUUAUAGCCUGAAAUCUGUGUGCUUAAGCAGACCUAGCUGAAUCUUUAGCUGAAUCUUUGAAUCACCAGACCUAAAGGAUUCAUUCAUUCAUUUCCACUGUGCAUGGUAAAGUAAAACUAUGAAAUGCAAAAACAGAAAAUUAUUGUCAACGUCUCUGUACCACCUUAAUCAGCUCUUAAAACCAGCUCUUAAAAACAGGUUAAUCUAGCCUAAGUUGGUUUGCUGGUCUUAGCUGGUCUCCCAGCGUGGUCCGGCUGGUCUAACAGCUAUUUUUAGAGGGGUUUCGGUAAAGAGACCAGCUAAAAACCUGCUUGGCCAGGCUUGGAGACCUAUUAGAUGAGCCUGGUCAGGCUCGGAAACUAGCUUGAACCAGCUAAGACCAGCAAAGCAGUUUAUGUUCAAUACGGUGGCUAUUUAACUGUUUAGCCAUUAAUCUUAAUGUUUUGCCAUUGAUUUCAAUCUUAAUGACUUAAUGAGUAACAUUAACAAUAAUUUCAUGCAUAUUUGGCCAUGGAUAGA